CAGAUACAUGAUUUGAGAAUAUCUUGUCUAUUCUAGGCACUGUCUUUUCACUUUCUUGAUAGUGACCUUUGAAGCUUAGAAGGUUUUAGUUUCAAUAAAAGCAAGUUUAUCUCUUUUUUGUAAGUUGCCUAUGCUUUUGGUGUCAUAUCUAAGGUUAUCAUUGCUUGAUCCAAGGUCAUGUUGAUUUACACUUAAGUUUUCUUCUAAGAGUUGCAUAGUUUUAACUCUUACAUUAAGGGCUUUGAUCCAUUUUGAGUUAAUUUUUAUAUAUGGUGUGAGGUGGGGGCUAACUUUAUUUUAUUCUUUCAUGUGGAUAUAUAGUUGUCCCUGCAUCAUUUGUUGAAAGACUGCUUUGCGUUUUUUCCCCCAUUGACUCGUCUUGGCUCCUGUGUCAAAAAUCAAUUGACCAUAAUUAUAUGGGUUUAUUUCUAGACUUUCAAUUCUGUUCCAUUGAUUUAUGUGUCUAUCGUUAUGCCAACAUCACACACUUUUGAUUACUGUAGCUUUGUAGUGACUUUUGAAGUUGGGAGUGUGAGUCCUCCGACUUUAUUCUAUUUUGUUUUUUCAAGAUCGUUUUGGCUAUCCUGGGCCUUUGCAUUUCCAUAUGAAUUUUAGGGCCAGCCUGUUCAUUUCUGGAAAAAAAAAAAAAAGUCCGGCUGAGAUUUUAAUAGGGAUUGCACUAAAUCUGUGGAUCAAUUUUGGAAGUAUUGCCACCUUAACAUUAAGUCUUCCCAUUGUUUCUUUUGGUAUUUGUUGAGUAUAGGGUUGAGCUCGUGCCAGAUAUAUUGUUUUGAAUCCUGACUUGUUCUGCUUAAUAUUCUAUCAUAGGCACUUCCCUGUGUUACAAAAGAUGCAAGAAUAAUUUCAGUGCUAUGUAAUAUUCCAUUGUUUGGCUGUACCAAAACCUGUUGGUUUUUGGGUAACCUAUCAUGGAAAGUACUUUGUUCUGGUACCUUCGUGGCGCAGGCACAGACGGACACUGGGAGGACAGGUGGCUCCCAGAAGGGCAGCAGAAUAUUAAAAUUGAUCAGCAAGUAUCCCAUGCUGCAGGUAGGGAGUGGGACUCAUUGGAAAAGCCAACGUGCUGGUUACUGGAGAGCUGACCUGCCUCCCUGCGUGGUAGCACCAGCCUGAGGGAAUUAAAUCAGGAAACAGGAUCCAACCAACUGCACAGGCAUUGAUAGAACAUGUUCAUUUUAGACGUGUUUCUCUAGAACAGUGGAUUAAAACAUUAAAACAUUUGCAACAUGAAAUUCAUCUAACAUUGUAACUCAGCUGACCUAAAAUGAAAGUUUCACUAAAUAAUACUUUUUGUAUCAGCCCAGAGAAGUGCAGUAACAAACAGCACCCAUUUCUUAGUGGUGCGAGAGCUUUCUUUUUCUGUCACGUUACACACCUAUCAUGUAACAGGAGAGCCCUGGUAUUCAGUUGACAGAAUCCACUCGUUGCUGGUUUCAGCGGCAGUGGAAGGAGGGCAGGGUAGGCAAAAGAAAUGGCUCCCCAAAUAUGUCUACAUACUAAUGCUUGACACCUUUGAACAUGUUAUAAAUCCUGGCAAAAGGGAAAUUACGCGUGCAGAUGGAAUUAAGGUUGCUAAACCAGUUCACCUCAAAUUAGGGAGUCAAAUGUACUCAUAAAGGUCUUUAAAAAUAGAAGAAGGGGGGCAGAAGAGGUCAGAAUGAGGCAAUAUAAUAAGAACGCAACCUGCUGCUGUUGGCCUUGAAGACGGAGGAAGAGGCCGUGAGACAAAUGUGGGUGGUCUCCAGAGGCUGGAAAGGGUAAGGAAAGAGAUUCAGCCCUGGAGUCUCCGGAAAAGAAUGUGGCCCAGCCAACAUCUUGAUUUUAACCCAGAGGGGUACAUUCUGAACCUCUGAACUACAAAGCUGUAAGCUAAGUCUAUGUUGUUUUAAGCCACUAAAUUUGUGGCCACUUGUUACAGGCUCCACAGAAAACGAAUACACGCACUAGCCCUUAAAUGCUUCUGCCCGGAAGUGACAUGGGGGCACUUCUAGUCCUAUCUCAUUGGCCAGGGCAAGCCACAUGGGCAUGUCUAAUUUCACAGGGCUGGAGAAAUUUGCCCAGCCUUAGAGGGAAAUGGAAUAUUGGUAAAUAUAGUAAUAUCUACUACGCCCUUGUUAUCUGUGUCUCAUGCUUUUAUCUUCUAUUCUGUAAGUGCUGGUGGCAACUCUUUAAGUUGAUUUCAUUAUCAGCUAAUGGGUUGUGACCCCCGAUUCGUAAAACACCGCUCUAUAAGCCCUCCUCUGCUCAAGCCUCGUGGAACACAUGACACACCCUAGACAGAGCUGAUUGGUCCGGGCAUGGGGCACCUGACCCAAGCUGAUCAAUCAGAUUCCUUUCCUGGGAAUUUGGAAUUGGGCCAUUCAGCCAGUUAACAGUGAGAAGCUGAGCGAGAGGCAGAGUAGAAACAGGGUCGCAGUGAGAGCCACAUGCAAGCCAAAAUGAUGGAGGAGCAGAAAAGCCCUGAGUAAGCAGAGAGAGUUGGUCCCCAGAGACCAUGGAGCAGCCGACCGGAGAGCAGCGUGAGAACAUGCAGCCCCAGGGGGAGAGGUGGAGAGAGAGCAACCGCCUCGAGGGCUGAUGGCUUCCCCGUUCCUGACUCCAGCACUCCUGCGUUCUGCCUGCGCAUCUUUCCCGGUGUUCAAGAAGGCCAGCCCAAAUGGAAAGCUCACUGUGUAUCUGGGAAAGCGGGACUUUGUGGACCACAUCGACCUCGUGGACCCUGUCGAUGGUGUGGUCCUGGUGGAUCCUGAGUAUCUCAAGGAGAGGAGAGUCUAUGUGACACUGACCUGCGCCUUCCGCUAUGGCCGGGAGGACCUGGAUGUCCUGGGCCUGACCUUUCGCAAGGACCUGUUUGUGGCCAACGUGCAGUCCUUCCCGCCGGCCCCUGAGGACAAGAAGCCCCUGACACGGCUGCAGGAGCGCCUCAUCAAGAAGCUGGGCGAGCACGCCUACCCUUUCACCUUUGAGAUCCCUCCGAACCUCCCAUGCUCUGUGACAUUGCAGCCGGGGCCUGAAGACACAGGGAAGGCCUGUGGUGUGGACUAUGAAGUCAAAGCCUUCUGUGCUGAGAACCUGGAGGAGAAGAUCCACAAGCGGAAUUCUGUGCGCCUGGUUAUCAGGAAGGUUCAGUAUGCCCCGGAGAGGCCUGGCCCCCAGCCCACAGCUGAGACCACCAGGCAGUUCCUCAUGUCGGACAAGCCCCUGCAUCUAGAGGCCUCCCUGGAUAAGGAGAUCUAUUACCAUGGAGAACCCAUCAGCGUUAAUGUUCACGUCACCAACAACACCAACAAGACAGUGAAGAAGAUCAAGAUCUCGGUGCGCCAGUAUGCGGACAUCUGCCUUUUCAACACAGCCCAGUACAAGUGCCCUGUGGCCAUGGAAGAGGCUGAUGACACAGUGGCACCCAGUUCGACAUUCUGCAAGGUCUACACACUGACCCCCUUCCUGGCCAACAACCGAGAGAAGCGGGGCCUUGCCUUGGACGGGAAGCUCAAGCAUGAAGACACGAACCUGGCCUCCAGCACCCUGUUGAGGGAAGGCGCCAACCGGGAGAUCCUGGGCAUCAUUGUUUCCUACAAGGUGAAAGUGAAGCUGGUGGUAUCUCGGGGCGGUGAUGUGGCCGUGGAACUGCCCUUCACCCUAAUGCACCCCAAGCCCAAAGAGGAACCCCCACAUCGUGAAGUUCCAGAGAACGAGGCGCCAGUAGAUACCAAUCUCAUAGAACUUGACACAAACGAUGAUGACAUCGUGUUUGAGGAUUUUGCCCGCCAGAGACUGAAAGGCAUGAAGGAUGACAAGGAGGAAGAGGAGGAUGGCACUGGUUCUCCACAGCUCAACGACAGAUAGACUGGGGCCAGCCCUCCCUCCGGGCAGCUCCGGGUCUGCUCUCCUGCACUAAGAUGCUUAUUCGUCUUCUUCCUGUUCUCGUUCCCCCCUCCCCUUUGUUCUUCUAGUUUCUACCAGGGGGCCCAGUGUUCUUCCAGGUCACGGUGGUGAACCUCUGGCCUCAGGAUUGGCCCCACAUCACCAUGCCAACAAGGGUCACAUGGGCCACGUUCACCCCUCUCACCCCUGUCGCGGGGCACCCCUCCAGCCCCUCUCUUUUCCUGCUGACCCCCCAGAAAGGCCAUCCUGGCUCUGGCCUUGGAAUUUGACUUGGGAUGGGGAGCAGAACAGGGAGUGUGGGGCAUAGGGCUUGGAGGGGUGAGGUUGAGGGCUCAAGACGUGUGAGAGGGUGCCCACAGUCCUAGGUGGCUAACACAGUUCUGGCAGCUAAAAGAUGACUAUGCUGAGGGCCACCCUCUUCUGGCUGGGAGGGGCACACCUGUGGAUAGAUUCUUACUGCCUUCAGGCAGUUGAGACCCAUGAAACACCUCUCUGCAUCCACCCCUCCGUCCCCACCCUACAUGCCUCUGUGUCUGACAGUGACCCUCUGUGUCUGUGGUGAUGGUUUGCAGACCCCAGGAGUAGAGAAAAGCCACCAGACUGGCUUUCUCACCAGCAGUUACUCAGUCUAAGGCAAGCUGUGUGAACUAGCCCAUCUAUUUCAGUACUGUCAGGAUGUAACAUCCUAGCCACCUUGUAUCUUAUGUGUGUGUCCUGUCUGUACACAUGCACAGAGAAAUAAGGGAGGGGUCUUCAGAAAGCACCAACCGGAGGUAGAGUGAGCCCAAGCUCUUGGGGAGGUUUCCCGAAGGGUGGCUCUGAGAGAUGGGGUCGGAGUAAGAAGAUGAGAAUCUGCUCUGUUCCCUCCUUUGCGGACGUAAGAGCAAUCGGUGAUCCCUCAGGAAGUAAGGCUGGUGGUCCAGAUAGGGCUGGGGACACCGGUAUCCUCCGGCUUUCCCUUGCGGUUCAUCCGGGCUGAGCUGGGCUGGCCCUGCAGGCUGGGAGAGAGCGCUCGAGGCCACUAUGCCCACAGUCAAAGGGGCUUCUUCGCAGAAGGUGGCAUGGUCCAUCAAGAUGCCGUCACCUGAAAGGAAGGGGACUGCCAGGUAGCAAAGAACCCUUCGUUUCCUUAGGGAGCUGAUGACCCUCCGCCAUUCCCAGUGUCAUGGAUACUCACUACCCAUUGGCUGGUGUUUUGUGUGAUUGAGACCUGGGGUAUUUUUAAGCAAUAGAGUGGGCAGAUGAUGAGGUAGAAAGUGUUAAAAGGUAUUCGUUCUUGUCUGACCUUUAAGGCCCACUUACUGUGUGACCUUGGGCAAGUUCCUUUCCUUCUCUGGGCCUGAGUUCUUCACCUGGGGUUUGACCAGAUAAUCACAAAGGGACCUCCCGGCUCUGGCCUCUAAGAAUCUGUAAACCUUAGAGCUUCUGGUAUGGUAGGUGGAACCAGAGCCAGACCACUGACUCUCGUUUGUCUGCCGCCAGAGGUGAUUCAUUGGUAGUGGGGCCCUGGAGAGCUUCUAGCCACCGCCUCCCCAGGCCUGAGAAGGGCCCUUCUUGGGCCUCUGGAGGGUCAUCUGAUGUCAAGCUGUGGCCAUAGCUAGCAUGAGCUGCUUGGCCCUAGUACCUGAGUAUUACAGAAUGCCAAGCUCGGAUUUGCUUAUGACAGGGCUUCUGGUGCCUCACAGCUCCCUGUGGAUGGCAGACCCCCUGAGGUUUACCUUAUACCCAAGCAAAUAUAUUGCUUAGCAGGGCAAGGGGAUCUCUCCUCCAUCCCUGCUCCCUUUUAUCUCUGUCCCAUGCUUGCCUGAAAAAGGAGACAACAAACUUUUAUUAUGCUAGUUGGGUCUCAAACUCUCCAGCCCCUCCUGGGGUGGGCUGCGUAACCAUUAUCCAUGGCGAGAUUACCCAGUUCACAGGCCUGGCACUGCACCUCAGCCCUUCCACUUCUGAAUCUCAUGAGGAUCUGAGGCUAGGGACUCCCUGCCCCAGGUCAGGACCAAGUCAGCUUGGGGCAGCUCUACUCUCCUGGCCAUCCCUGGGGUCCUAGCUGUGGAUGCCCCAGGCAUCCAGCCUCUACCAGAGAUUGCUGGCAGUCCGCACCUCACUGGACAGCUGAAGAGUUGACGAAGGGCUGGAACAGCAUGGGCCAAGCAUAUGCUCUCCAGUGUCUUCCUCUGGAACCUUUGAGGCUGGUACGAGACCCUUUAGGAUUUGAGGUGAUCGAUCACUCCCCUACAAACCUCUUCCUCUAUCCCUCACCUACACACAUGAAAGAUUUGUCAGCCUGGUUACUUGAGCUUCUUCACCUCAAUACCACACUCACCCUUUGGGCUUUAUCCCAGUAUUUUAAUGGAAAUUUCUCCAGCUGUGGGAAGUAUCAUAGCCCCAUCUAGACUUUUACUCUUUGGGCCCAGGGCUGCAGAAGGGCAGUGGUCAAGUUCAUUUGAAUUUGGCUUCACCGCUCUUGGCUGAUGACUUCUGCUCAGUGCUGGGCACUCGACACACAGAGAUAGGUCAGUCCCAGCCCCUGUCCUCAGAAAGCUCAUGGUCAGGUGAAAGUUAUAGUGGGAAUAGGUAAUAAGAGCCAAGUGCUUUCAGGGCUCCUUGGCUGCUGCUAGUUCGUAUGGUGCCUUGCUGUGAAUUAGAAGCAGUGCCCCUUCCAGGUAGAUUCAACCCAUGUUAGAAUGCAAAACUUUGUGAAUGGCGCAUAGAUUGGAGUUCAGCCCCACCUGCCCAGCCCAGGUGCCAUGCUCAGGCCAGAGUGUUUCCUUUGGCCUCUUCCUGGGAGAAAGACCUAGAUCAUCUUUCAAAGCUUCCACUCCAGACCCCACUCCACCUGCGGCCCCCAACCAUGACCGAGUCCUUCUAUGCAGGGCCCCUCUCCAUCUGGAGUUUAGCCUGUCUGGAAUCAGGUGAGACCUUGGAGUGAAAUUGGGGGUGUAGGAGCCCCACUGGGCCCCAGGCGCCAGCCCAUGGUAUUGGCUCUUUCUGUACACACAUUUGGGCUCUAUGCUGACCACACAGCUCCACACUGGUACCUUCCAGUGGGUCUUGUGGAUGGCAUAUACAUAGCAAUCUGGGCAGGAGGAAAGAGCAUGGCCCCAGGUGAAAAUCUACAGGCAGAGGGCCAGUGGGGCGUCCUCAGCACUACAACUGUGAGAAGAGUUCAGUCCCCAUGAAGAUAAGGACUGAGUUAUUUGGCUGGACUCCAUGGGCCGCCUCAGCCUCAAGGCGCAGACAGGUGAGCGUGGGCCCACCAGGGGCUGGUUCAGCUGGGUGUAUUGCUAAUAAGCUGGUUCCCACAUGGUGCCAUGAAAAGCAUGCUGGCCUGGAAGUCCACAGUGCCUCCUGCCCAACUGUCCCCAACCAGCUGAGUAGCCUUGAGCAAGUCACUUGACCUCUUGGGCCCGGUGUCCCUAACUGUAAACUAAGAUCGUAAUCCCUUCCCCGCCUGACUUAAGGAAUUGGGAGGCCCAGAGGAGAUGGAAGUCAGCUCUGGAAGUUGCAAAUGGCUGCACAGGCUGUGGCACUGCCACUGCAGGGGAGCAACCCAGAGUCACGUGGGAAGGUCACUGUGGGCAGAGUCCUCCUCCCAGCAGUCUUCAUCUCUUGCCCCCUUCUCAUUUAGGCAGAUGUCAGCCAGAAUGAGUGCAGUCAGUUUGGCUUUGGUGCCUCAGCUGAAAGAAAAAUCCAGACGCAAUUCAGGAAUGCCUCGCCCACAGAUAGUGGUCCCAGAGAUCCUGACAGAAAGGAUAUCAGCCAUGGAUAUCAGUGAUUGAGCUGGGGGGGCAUCUGGACCGUCCCAGGCCUGGUGCCACCCACACCUCCUAUCUUUCAGAUCCCACAGAGGCCAGGAAGCCUUGGCUCUGAUCCCAGGUUAGGGAGAGCCCCUAACCCCCAGGCCCAAGGAGGGCUGAACCACUAUUCCAUCUAAGAACCCCAAGGGUGAGGUGGAAUAGAAGUUGCCCUUCAAAGUAGAAGGUCCUCUCCAGCAUCAGACACAGCUGCUAAUGCUUGGUGACAGGAGGGAUUUGGGCCCAGGGAAAACCCAGGCCUCUUUCCCUGAGAGCUGAGCCCUGAUGACCUGUACCCAGUGGCUCCAGUAUCCCACAAAGGCAGCUUCUCUCCUGCCAGUGACUGGGGACCAGACAUCCUCCACCAUCCCAGAGGAAGUCAUUGGCCCCAAUCUUGAACUGUUAUUGGGUCUCGUGGGCAAAGGCCUAUAUCUGUUCUGAUGUUUUUAAAGUCAGCAGGGACCAAAACAGACCCCCCCUGACCCUCAUGCAUAUGCCUGCACUGAGCUUGGCAUUUUGCUUUUCUUGUCCAGGCAGGUCCAUCGCUUCUGUCCUCCCUCCAGGACUGAAAUGGCCUACCUGUGGGGCAGGAUCCCCACCUCUCCCACUCCCCUGCAGUGUCCCUGCACAGUGGCUUCAAAGGCCCAUUGAAGGGGGAGCAUCCCCCCUCCCCCUGCCCGCAGGACUCUCUCCCAACUCCUCACUCUGAAUGAGAAAUCAAAGCACAGGUCCCCAGGACCCAUGAUCUAUAGACACUCUGACACAGUGGUUUUCAAACCAGGUGCUGUGGAACCCCUGGGUUUCACAGAGCUUUGUCGGGCUGCUAAGGUGGGAAGAUGGGGGGUGGAGGCAAAGCCUAGAUCUCCAGCUCUCCCCCCAUCCCCACUUCCACCAGGACAACUCUGCUUUUAUCUGUCUUGCCUAUUGAGGUUUCACCUUCAAACUUGUGAAGGAAAACUUCUUCAAACCACCAUUCUAAGGUUUGAUCUUCAACCAGCAAGCAUAGGUUCUAUUCUUGCUCUUCAUGUUGGAAUGGCUCUAGCAUUCCAAUACAAAGUGUCUUUGUAUUGGAACUUGGGUCGCAGACCCAGGCCCAAGCAUUUGCUCACACACACACACACACACACACACACGUGUGUGUGUACACAUUUGAUGGUUUUGUUGCUCACCCACCCUGAAGCUCUGGCCUGAGUUUAAUUUGGGCAGGGGCCUGGUGCUCAGUGAGGGUGAGUCUUACCUUGAUAUCAGCCCGUGCAGUGUGAGGGACUGCGGAACAAGGACUUAGGCCCAGCCCCCACCCCAUGACUCGUGUCAGCACCCCAACUCCCUGCCCCAGGCCACAUGGUGGGAGAAGGAGAAACUAGACUCAGGUUCCUCUUUACAUACAGCCAGAUGGAUGGAUGUCCAGAUUUUUUACAAAACAAAUGCUGAAGGAGGGCUUCAUGACAGAAGUCCCUCCUGUGAGAGCAUUCCCCUCCAGAGACUUUUAAAGCAGCAAGUUUCCCUUGAGCAAUUCUAGUAGGAUUCCACUCCCACAUCUGUGGACAAGCAAGUGUGUGGGCAACAGAAAGGUGACUGAAGAGAUGCUGGUCUCCCACCCACAGUCUCCCAUAUUCUUUCUCUGCCAGCCUGCCUCUCUGCUUGGGCCCACGACCAGGGCUAAGGGGUGGGUACACUGGUGAGACCUGGACCAGCCCUUGACACAGAAUCCUGUAUGGGCCCACUGCUGAGGGAAUUCUAUGGGGAAAAUGUGAAGGUCAGGGCAUAGCCAACCAUGUGGCAUGGGAGAAAGUGUUCUAUGUUCAGUCUAAGCAUGCCCUUGGAACCCCACUGACCUCAGUCUCCCCAUGUGUAAGAUGGGGCUAGUGCCAGGCUCUGCCUUCCUCACAGGGAUUACAGCAAGGAAGGGUCAUAGGUGGGCAUGAUAGGUAGUGUCAUAUGAGACGGGAUCUGCACAAACUUGGGGUGUGGUCAUGGCUUACACUGCAGAUCAGCAGACUGCUUGGGGGAAUGAUUAUGAGAUGUACCAUCUUCCUGGGGCAUCUCUGCUUGGUGUUAAGGUCUAGCCACAGACACUAUGGGAGACGUGUCUCUUCCUAUCCAAUGGGAGCCAGCAUUGAGCCUGGCACAGUGACUGUGUGGAUCCUGGAUGCAGGGAGUGACAGGUAGCUGGGACAGGUCUCCAGGUCUGUGGCUCUUCUGUUAAGUGAUUAUUUUGUUACACCCUCAUUCCUGGGCCACCUGCCAGGUUUAUCUGUUGUACCUGUGGCAUUCCUUAUAACGUUAGAUAAGUUAUUACAGUUUAUUCAACUCUAACAGGACAAAUGAACAAAAGAACCAUAAAUAAGAGACCAUUAAAGGUCUUUUGUGACAGAUCCUGGAUGUGCUUUCAUUUCUGUCUCAUUAGCUCCUAGUAAGACACAGACCAGUAAAUUCUCUCCCUGCUGCCCUGGAAUGGUGGACAGGACCUGUGACUGGGUCAGGUGUUUUCUGUGGCCCGAACUCCAACCUGGUUCCUGCACCCUUUUUGGAAACUGCCAAAGAGCUUUCUCCCCGCUCUGCCAUUUACCAGUAUUAUGGUCUUGGGGAAGUUGCCAAACUUCUUUUCCCUCUCAGGCAUCACUAGAUCCCAUGACCCCUGGUAUGCUCCUCAGGUAAAGUUAUCCCAUAUUCUUUUUGGCAACACCAACCACUUCAACUGGAAUCCUACCCCAACCCCAGACCUGGUUCUUAUUCAGUUCUCAUCUCCUGCUCUACUGGGUCUCCCUGAAGUCACUUCACUUUCCAUGACUUACCCACUGUCUGUUCCAAAAGAACACAUGGGAGGAGUGGGGAUAUAUGUGAGGAAGAUUCAAAGUUCUACAUGAUAAUGUGCUGUAUUAACACAAAAGAAAAACGCUGAUGAAUGUAAGAUGACUUUCCCAGAAAACUGAUUAUGUAUGAAAAAAAAUUUUUUUUUACAUUCCUCCAAAAUAAUGUGCAACCUAGAUCAAAGCAUUGCCCUCCUGGUUAACCAGAAGGUGGUCUGUUUCCUCUGAUGCUCCCUUUAGGCCAGAAAAGGGUAGUGGGAAGACACUGACAUUUGAAUUAAGAGACCUGAGCUAGGGCUUUCGUUUUGCCCUCCCUCGUGGUCUAUAUCAGUCUGAGUCCAGAGAAAUACCCCAUGCCUGUAUUUCAGGAGCAGGGAUUUUACUGAUGAAACUGGUUAUAAUAUUGCAAUAGUUAAAAGGGCAAGUGAAAUUGGAGGUAACCCAGAGAUCAGGUGCAACUGGAAACCACUACCACCUGGAGGUUGGAAGGACAGGGAGAGGAGUUACAGAGCUAAGGAACUAGGGACAUUGAGGGAGAGGGUAUCUGAGGAAUUCAGACCACCAUAGAAACACAUCUGUCACUGGGGAUGCUACUCAAAGCAGAGAGAGUAGGAGAAAUAUUCUGGUUUCUCCUUUCUUUCUGCCCUCCAACAUCAUGCCCAUGCCUACUAUUGGCAGAAUCUAAUCAAAAGCUAAUUUUCAAGGAAUCUUAGGAUAUGUGGUUUGCAAUGGUUGAUGCCCUGCAAUACAGAGCAGGGGAGGAUCGUGGGAUUAGAUCUGAGACCAAAGAGCAAAUCAGCUCUUCCUCGAAUCUUCUCAUCCAAAAAAUAAAAAUAAUCAUAUUGGCCCGGAUACCACAAUUUGAGGAGUGCCCUGACCUCUAAACAGGACUGUAAAUGUCGGGGGGUGGGGAGAGGGAGUAUUUGUUUUUGCCUCUUAGCUUUGAGCUUUUCUCCUGGUGUCACUGUCUUCAUGGUGCUUUGGGACUUCAUUUCUCUUAGCUUUUUUAAACUCUAGAAAAUCAAGAUAAAAUGGGUAGGAGUUUCAAAUUAUAGCCAAGAGAGUAAGUCCACUACAGCCUAUCACUUCAACUGAUUACAUAAAAAUUCCUGACAGAAGUACUAAACACACUAUCUAAUGACUCUGAAAAUUAAACAAAAGCAGGCAGAUGGUACAUAGGAGUCAAAAUUUGGAGAAGUAAGCUGCAUGGGGUGCAUUUCCUUUUUUUCUCUCUUUUGUGGAUUUGUGCUGAGGUUAGAACCACCACCAACAGAAGGUGAGAGAACUUAGGGUCUGAACCUAAAUUAGUUGAUUGCCUCUUGAAACAACAAUAGCAAAAUCAACAUUCUUUGAAGAAUUAUAAUGGGACCCCAGAGUCUAAACAGUAUAACAUUUACAGUGUCCUUUUCAGAUAUAGUAACUUGAAAUUAUGCAAUAUACAAAGAGCCAGAAAAACAUGACCAAAUAUCAAGAGAAAAUACAAUCAACAUAUGCCAACUUUAAGAAGACUUAGAUGUUGGAAUUAUAAGAAAAGAUAUUGUGGUUGAUUAUAACUUGAAAUGAAUGGGAAGAUAGUUCUCAGAAAAGAUAUAGGGGUGCUUGGGUGGUUCAGUUGGUUAAGUGUCCGACUCUUGAUUUUGGCUCAGGUCCUUAUCUCACAGUUUGUGAGAUCAAGCCCUGCAUUGGGCUCUGCAUUGAUAGCAUGGAGCCUGCUUGGGAUUCUCUCUGCUCCCACCUUCUCUCUUAAAAUAAUAAUUUUAAAAAACCCUUUAAAAUAAAAAGGGAUAUAGAAACUUGAAAAUGAGCUAAAUAGAAAUUUUAGAACCAAAAACUUCAAUAUCUGAAAUAAAAAAUUCACUGGAUAAGCUUAAUAGCAGAAUGGAGUUGACAAAGGAAAAAGUCAAUGAACUUGAAGAUAGAUUAAUAAAAUUAUUCAAUCUGAAAAAGAGGGACAACUGAGAAAAAUUGACAGGGCUUCAAGGACCUAUGACAUAAUAUAGGUUCUGAGAUUCAUGUCAUUGAACUCCCAGAAGAGAGGAGAAAAAGUCUGGUGCAGAAAAAAAAAAUCUUUGAAUGAAAGGUGUAAACUUACAGAUUCAAGAAGCUGAGCAAACCUCAAACAGGUUAAACUCAAAGAAAACCAUACAUAGACACACAUAACCAAACUGUUGAAAACCAAAGAUAAACUCUAAAUUCCUAAAAGCAGCUAGAGAAAAUGACACAUUUUUCUAUCUUAUUCUUUACGAAGAAUGAUGAUUUGAUGGAGCUUUCUCAAUAGAAAGCAUGGAAGCCAGAAGAGAGUGAAACAGCAUCUUUAAGUGCUAACAUGAAAUAGUUGUCAAACUAGAAUUCUGUAUCUAGUGAAUAUAUCCUUCAAGAAUGAUGCAAAAUAGGGGUGCCUGGGUGGCUCAGUCGGUUGAGCAUCCCACUUUGGCUCAGAUCAUGAUCUCACAGUCUGUGAGUUCAAGCCCUGCAUCAGGUCCUGUGCUGACAGCUCAGAGCUUAGAGCCUGCUUUGGAUUCUGUGUCUCCCUCUCUCUCUGCCCCUCCCCUGCUCAUGCUCUGUCUCUCUCUCUGUCAAAAAUAAAUCAACAUUAAAAAAAUUUUGUUUAAAAGAAUGAUGCAAAAUAAAGAGAUACUCACAUGAAGGGAAACUAAUAAUUUGUCAGCAGACCUGCUCUUAUAAAAACUAAAAAUUUCUUUUGGUUGAAAGGAAAUUAUGCCAGAGAUAAAUCCACAUCUUCAGGAAUUAAGAGCAACAGAAACGGUGAUUAUUUGUGUAAAUUAUAAAAGACUACAUUGCUCCCCUUAAGUUCCUUAAAAUAUGUAUUAUUGAUGAAAGGAAAACCGAUAAAUUGUCUAGUAGGGUUGUCACAGUACAUAGAUAAAAUACUAUACUAUACUAUAUAUACUAUAAUGUAAAGUUCAGUGGGGAAAGAUAAAGAGACCUAUCUGUAGAGCUUCUGUAUUAUAUUGAAGUGAUAUAAUAUUAACCCUAAGUAUACUGAGAAAGAUUAUUAUGUAUAUUGUGAUUUGUAGAGCAACAAUUAAAAUGGACCCAAAAAUAUAGAUAAAAUAGCAUACUAAAAAAUAAGCACAUAUUCCAAAAAAAGGCAGGAAAGUUGGAACAAAAGAAUGAAAAACAGAGGGGACAAACAAAAAAGUAAAAGUGGUAGACCUAAAUCAAACCAUAUCAGUAACUAUAUUAAA